UCAAUGAAAUUCGGUAUAUUAUGUUUUCUUAACACCUUGAUGACGUGUACGAAAUAGGGGUGAAAUCGGUUCACAACCACGCCUUCUUCCAAUAUAACGCUAUUUUGAGUUCCAUCUGAUGCCUUCUCUGUAUAAUAUUUCCGUAGCAUCUAUGGUUCGAAAUUGGGCGAAAUAUAUUCACAACCACGCCUACUUCCCAUAUACCACAAUUUUGAAGUCCAUCUGAUUCGUUCACGUUAAAGUAUAUAAGUUCAACACGAGUGAAGAUAACGGACCAAAACUUUUCACAAAUACUGUAUUUCUGGUGUAGCAUAGCCCGAAUAAAAAUCACCGAGAUCAGACCAUUUUAUUGAAAAUAUCGGUAAAUAUCUCAGAUAUUCUAAACAUAUUCAUAGGAGAUGUGUUCCUUCCAACAGUGUUCGUCUGUGCCAAAAAUGGGCAAAAUCAAGCCAAUAUUUCUUCUUGCCCCCACAUACCUCUUAUUUGAUUUUCACAAUUCUAGUGGACUUUGUGCCGAAUAUAUUGGUCAAAUUUUGAAUUACCUUAAUAAAUUUGCAUGGAAAUAUGUUCAUACUUAAGUCAACGUGUUGGCCCCCAUAUACAUAUGUAAUAACACGAUUUCUGCCUUUACUUUUUACUUUACGCCGAAUAUGUAUAUUGCGUACUUCCUAAGAUAUCUUUAAAAUAUUAUAAGAAUACAUAUAUGUGACCUGGAAAACGGAAAGGGGGCUUAGGUGUCAAAAAAUUAAUUUUCACUUUUUAGUUGGUUCGGAUGGAAGAUGAGAUGCUUUUUCACGUGAUAGAAUCCAAAAAGUCAUAACUUGUUUGAAAGUUAGCUCCUUUUUCGUGGACCAGGUCACAUAUUAUACAUUAAAUUUUUUAGGCACAUGUAAAAUCCAACUAUAUUUGAAAGUCAGUAAGAAAUACUAACGUAAAUUAAUAGUAGUCUAGUAUCAAAGGCACGCAAUUAGAAAACCUGCUUUUCAGAUGGACCAAAUUAGUAUUAAUUGUUUUAAUUUGGCUUAUGCGAAAAAAUCGCGAUUUACAAAGCUCCAUAGAUAGCUUAUGGACGGUUUAGGUAUUAAGACACAGAUGUGUACAUAGACCUAAUAAUUUACAAUAUUUAGCAUAUAUAUUUAAUGGGAAUUAGUAUUUAUUCUUUAAAAUUGUUUUCAAUGUAUUUGGCUGCAAAUCCCCUUACUCAAAUGUUAUUGAAUAAUUUUUAAAACAAAAAUGGCUUACCUACCUGUGUCUAUUCAUAACAACUCAAACUUUCAACCUUGAUAUAUGGUAUACUUAAAAAUUGUUUUCACAAAUUUUCUACCUACAUAGUUUAGCCUUCACGAGCGAACUUUUGCGGAAGAUGAACUCCUUUGUUUCAGAAAGCAUUAAAAAAGCAAUUUACGUAGGAGUUUUCCGUGUAAAUACUUUCAAGGCUAUUAAGCAAAUUACUAAUUUCUAAGAGAUAUAUAUAUGUAUGUACUAUACGAGUAUAUGUAUAAUUUAUAUAUUAUUAUGCUAGAUGUUUAUACUUUCAGUUACACUAAAUAACUUGAGUAGUGAAGUCUACAUUUUUAGCUGAAGUUUUAAUUAAUUAAGUGAAAAUUUACCAUAGUGGUGUUAGCAUCAUAAAUCAUAUCAAUAUAAUAAAAUAUAGAACGAAUCUAUAUCAUCAUCCACUUGAAAAGAAGACUGAAAGAAGACCAGCAAGUUACCCUAAAAAGAGAACACAGGAGUCAUUCGGAAGAAAAAUCAGAAAGUAUUUACACACUUGUUUUAAUAGAUUAUGAUUAAAUUAUUUAUUUUUUUAAUAGAUUAAGAUUAAAUUAUUUAUUUUCUUUAGUAAGAUUGAAUUUUAAGAAAUUAUGCCUAGAUUAAAUAAAAGAUCUGUUGUACAAAGUCGACUUGAAAAUAGAAGACGUAUGCAGAUUCUUCGGGCUAACUCAUUAUAUAGAGCUAGUGAGCAAUCACAUAAUACUCAAAGCCAGGCUAAUCGCAGAUUAGAUCCAGAAGUCCGCCUGUCAGAACAAAGUACCAAUACAGUUCAACAUAGGACAAGGCGACAAAAUCAAGAGGUUCGGUCUGCUGAGCAAAGUAUAAAUACUGUUCAGCAUAGGUCUCGGCGGGAAAAUCCCGAAAUAAGGUCAGCUGAACAAAUCAUAGAUACCAAUCAGCAUAGAACCCGGCGACAAAAUCCUCAAUUUCGCUCUGAAGAGCAAAGUAGGAAUACCCGAGAACAUAGGUCCCGCCGGGAGAACCCAAAUCUUCGGUCUGCUGAGCAAAGUAUAAAUACUGUUCAGCAUAGGUCUCGGCGGGAAAACCCAGAGCUUAGGUCUGCUGAGCAAAGUAUAAAUACUGUUCAGCAUAGGUCUCGGCGGGAAAAUCCCGAAAUAAGGUUAGCUGAACAAAUCGUAGAUACCAAUCAGCAUAGAACCCGGCGACAAAAUCCUCAAUUUCGCUCUGAAGAGCAAAGUAGGAAUACCAGAGAACAUAGGUCCCGCCGGGAGAACCCAAAUCUUCGGUCUGCUGAGCAAAGUAUAAAUACUGUUCAGCAUAGGUCUCGGCGGGAAAAUCCCGAAAUAAGGUUAGCUGAACAAAUCAUAGAUACCAAUCAGCAUAGAACCCGGCGACAAAAUCCUCAAUUUCGCUCUGAAGAGCAAAGUAGGAAUACCCAAGAACAUAGAAUUCGACGCCAAAACCCUAUUAUUCGGUCAAAUGAGCAGUCUCAUAAUACCGUAGUACACCGAGAACUUAGAAGAAAUCCUAACUAUAGACAUUUAGAGCGCAUACGUGAUCAGAUACAAAGAGAACGUUCAAGAAGAAAUCCUGAAACAAGGAGAGAGGAACGUUAUAGAGAAACGCAACGACGACAGCUUAUCAGGAGGGGUGCAAGGGAACAAAUUUUAAAUCAGAGACGUCAACAACAAAAUCUGGUCCGUAUUCAUAGAGAAAACUUAACAAAUAGGCAAAUUCAAAAUGAAAGGCAGUCCCAACGAAAUAUAUUAAACAGAGAAAAUAAUGUCUCUGAUAUUUUUGCAAAUGGUGGCAUUUCAAGAGAUUUUCGAAGCAUUUAUUUUGAAAAUAUAAAGAAAGGUCCCACCGAAAUAUGUAUUUGCUGUGGGGGAUUAUGGUUUCCACAUCAAGUACGCAAGUUAAAUUUCGGAACUAUAGCUCAAGUUCACCCAGAUGCUACAUCUGUUUUCUUUUUAAAGCAAAAGUUUCCUUCUGAAGAUGGAAACUACAAUUUUUGCUUAACUUGCAAAAAUGGGAUUGCCAAAAAUAACAUACCAAAAAUAUGUUUGUUAAAUGGUCUAGACUUUCCGGAUAUACCAGAUUGUUUAAAAAAUUUAACCCCUAUUGAAGAAAGGCUAAUAAUGCCUCGAUUGCCUUUUAUGACCAUUCGUCCAUUGGGAUAUCAAGGCCAAAGUUCGAUUAAAGGUGCCGUUGUCAAUAUACCUAUUUCUGUUAAUAAUGUUGUGACAUCUCUACCGAGGACUUUUGAUCAAACUCAUGUGAUACAAAUUCACUUAAGAAGACGUAUGGAAUACAAUCAUGAUUAUAUGACUGAUACCAUACGGCCUGCGAAGGUUAUGGAAGCUUUGCGAUUCUUAGUGAAUACUCCUCUGUAUCGUGAGCAUAAUAUACACAUAAAUGAGAAUUGGAUUUCAGGCUUUAAUAACCAAGAAGAAGUUCCCUUUGUUGCAUCUGCUGAAGAUGAUAGAUUGGUUCAAUCUCUUUAUGAGGAACAGACUUCCCAUAAUAAUCACACAGACAUUCCCAUAGCACCCGUACCUGCAGAACUGAACCCAGGUAGUCAAGAGACUCUUUUAGACAAUAUUCCUAUAGAAAACAUGGAAUAUAACCGUUUAGUUAUAGCGCCAGGGGAAGGGCAAAGGCCAAUUGACAUAGUUCAAGAUAAUAAUUCGGAAGAAUUGUCAUUUGGAACAAUAUACGUUGGGCAAAAACGUACAUGCUCUGAAACAUAUAGUAAGAUAGUACGUUCCGAAAUUCGCCGCUUUGACCGCAGAGCGUGUACCAUUCCGAAGUUGUUCUACGACUAUAAAAAAUUAGAACUACUGCAAAUUAAGAAUAGUACAUCCAUUUGCCUCCGAAAGUUUUCAGGUCGUAACCGUGUUACGGCUCAAAAUGUAUUAAAUGAAAACUUUGUUCAAAACUUGAUUCAACAUGAUGACGGUUACAAAGUUUUGAAAGGUGUUAGAUCCUCUCCUGCUCACUGGGAAGCUGAGAAAAAAAAGCAAUUGCAAUGAUUCGCCAAUUUGGGCUUCCAACCUUUUUCAUAACUCUAUCGGCUGCUGAAUCUCAGUGGGUUGAGCUGUUGGUUAUUCUGUCGAAAACUGUUGAUUCAAAAGAUAUUUCACAAGAAGAAGCCAACAUUUUAUCAACCCAAGAUAGAUAUCGCUUAAUCCGCUCAGAUGCGGUUACUUGUGCUAGAUAUUUUGAUUACCGCUACCGGCAAAUCCUUAAACUUUUUAAAGAUAAUACCGGCAUUUUUGGAACACAUUUUGUAAAAAACUAUUACUGGAGAGUAGAGUUUCAACAGAGAGGUUCCCCGCAUAUACAUGGCAUGUAUUGGCUUAAUAAUGCUCCCAAGAUCAACCUUCAAAGUCCUGAGACAUUCUCCGAAGUCAUUGAUUUCAUUGACACUUAUGUUUCAACAGAUAGUUCAGUAAGCCACUUGGAACAUUAUUUAGAUUAUCAAAAGCAUAAUCACAGUCGGUCGUGUACUAGAGAAAUAAGAGGACAACAAUUUUGUCGUUUUGGUAUACCAUAUCCACCAAUGCCUUGCACACAAAUAUUGCUUCCUU